UUUCCGUUAAUAUCUUCUCAACGAAGCCGCGGACAACAUUUUCCCAAAGGAAAAAGUUGUUUCAAAUCAACCCCCGAACCACCCUUUUCAAGGAUCUCCAACAUUUUUGGGACACCCUGUAUAUCCCCAAUACAACUUUAAAAAAAUUUAAAAUACUAUUAACUAAUAUUUAUGUAGCUUUUGUGUAACUUCUUUUUUUCUUUAAUUUGUGUUGUCGCCUAUAAAUCUGAAGAUAAACAUGGCAACAGAAAAGGAUUUAAUCAAUGCUGUAAGAGAAUCGCUUAAAGUCAAUGGAGAAUUGGGGAGAAUAAAAGCUGCGAUGUGUACGCAAGUCAUAGAACUAUUAGAUGGUUCGAACAAAGGAAAUAAAGUGAAACUUCCUAAGCCGUAUCAAGAUGUUAUACUUUUAAACGAACUCAUCAGAGAAUAUAUAGAUUGGAUGGGUUACAAAUAUAGCUCUACUGUAUUUACGUCAGAAUGUAACUUAUCGAAACAGGCUCCUAGCAAAUUUUUACUUGCGCAAAGUCUAAGACUACAGGAAAGCGAUGAUAGCAAAGAUUUGCCUUUGCUCUGUAGUAUUUUGGAUACAGUGAAGAAUUUGAAAAAUACAUAAAUCUUAUCCAGGUGAAAUAUCAAAAUUAAAAAGUUUUUAGUUGUAAACACUUUAUACCAACAAUAAACAGAUAAUUGUUCCUAUAUUCAAAAAGUUCAUGUUAUGAUAAAAAAAAAACAUGAAUUUUUCAUUUUUUGCACAUAUACAAUGU